GCGGUUACGUGAUGCGGGGGACAGACGGUGACAUACUACUUUCAUGCCCCACCCUCCUGGAAAACUUCAUCAUCCCGAUCGCUGUGAGAGGGAACAUCAAUCAAUCCACUAAUAUGAUGGGCAGCUCGAAGCGCCUCAUCAGCAGAGGCGGGUCGACGCUGUCUGCAGACCAGCGGCAAGAAGAGUUCAUUCGCCUCGAACUUGCUCGAAAACGCAACACCAAAACGGCGUCCACCGAAGCCAAGCUUACGUCGCGCGGGCUCCGGCGGUCUGGCCGCAAGUCGACGCAGCAGCGGCACCACGAGUUCCUGCUCGCGCCUGCGAACCGCCCGCGAAUUGAAGCUAUCGUCGCGCGCGUUUCGGGGGUUCUGGCGGCCGUGCCGUACUCAACCGACUUUAGCCAAGACGACAAGGAGUUUGUGCUCAAUUGGGUGGAUGAAGUGGACAUGAUCUUGACGGCGUUCAUGCCCUGUGAGGACCCCCGCCGGGACCCCCUCGGUCGGAUGGUGGACAAGCUGUCGUGGGUGCAGCACUCGUACACGUGUUUGGCCGAGGCGGGGGUCGACGCCAAGGCGCUGGUGGCGGCGUGGGAGCGGGACGGCGUGUUCGACUCGGACGGGAGUGACGACGACGAUGGCGACGACCAAGGGGGUAAUCACUUGACGGUGCAAAUCUCGUUUGACGACAUGGAAGCCGACUCGGAGUUUGCCCGAAAGGAACGGCUGGUGCGACGGAAGGCGGCUGCUCGCAUCAUCCGCCGCAACGUGCACAACGGGUCGGCUACAAGUUACUGGAGUCAGCACGUGGAGGAAUUUCGGUUGUUUGGUAACACGUUUUACAAGAACAUUGACACGCCACUGGUCAAGGCGCAGACGAGUCGACUGCUCACGGACGAGGCCAAGGCGGCAGCAGCAGACGACAAACUCAACGAGGGGUUGGCAGGUCGAGAAACGCGACUCAAGGAAGUGAUGCACCUCGCCCAGCACGUGUCUACGUUCAAAGUCGACGACGCCAUUCGGAACGUGGGAAUCGCCAUUCAAAAACGACGGCUGCUCGAGAAUCGGUGUGCCGUCAAGCUCCAGCUCAAGUGGCGUGCGUACAGAGGGGGCAAAGUCAAGAUGAUGCUGCUCUUGGAAGAACUAAAGCGCCGGAAAAGGAAAGCCGCGGCCAAGGGGCUACGAAAGCAGCCCAGCACACACAAUGAGAUAGCACCUCCUCUUCCCAGGCUCAAGACACCCGAACCCCAACGAGUUUCAAAGGAGGCCGUGGUGCCACCACAGCUCAAACCGCAGACUCCCCCGACGUCUUCGCCAGUAGUCACACCACAAACCCCGCCAGCUACCAUCAAGCCCAAGACCCCAGACAAAUCCCCGCGAGCGUCCGGUCGAAUGCGGCCAUCACGGUCCGUGGAACCGACGACCGCCCCAGCCGCCGACGUGGCACCGGCCACCCCCACCAAAUCACGACCCACGGCGCCGCCACCGUCGACAAUGCUCAAGAGCACUCAAGUGGGUGUCAUAGGAGGACGCAAGGGCAGCAUCUUGGGCUCGCUCGUGUCUUCCUUGGCUGACGAGAAGCGGCAGCUGGAUCUGCAGCACAUGAAAAUGCUCAUGGAGGCGACUUUGCCCAACGACGUGGACGAUGAUGAGGACGACGACACCAUCCAGCCAUUGUCCAACCGGUCGAGUUCAAAGGAAGAGUCUGACGAUGGGUUUUCCCUCGACCAGGGAGAAUCGAGGAUGGAAGGACGAGGUGACAGGGAACAGAUAGAAGACGACAAACCAGUAACAAACGACCCCACUGUUGAGCGAGACGACACCACCGACGGGACUAGUGCGCAGAGGAGGAAGUGCAGCGUCGUAGCCCGACCGAGUGUUUUUUUACAAGACUCCACCGCAACCGAUAUCACCACCAUCGCAAUUGGACGACGAACUAGUCGCAUGACAUCAAACCUGUCGAUGGUGUCGGGAGAGUUUGGAGAACCAUCAGAGUCGAGUGAAGCCGUCAGUGGUCAAGUGAAUGCAACGAAGGGGGACACGAUGGAGAUUGCAGGGGGAAGUCGCGACGACGACGACGACACCAUCGAAGAUGACGACGAGGACGUUCGCUUGUGCAUGGCUUCGUGGGGACUUGAUGAAAACGGGGCCGAGUCCCAACGCCGGUUGGAAUCCAAGCUCAAGUCCCCUCGGGCAUUGAAAAAGUCUGCGCUGAUGGUCGUGUUGGCCAACUCGCUUCGAAAAAACAAGGAGCGGUCGGCAGGGUUGUUCAAACGGGCGGACGACCAAAGCAGCAGCAGUAGUUGCUCCAUGUCCGACGACGACGACGAACGCUCGAUACAUGUAAUGGUCCGUCCAUCACGAUAUCACCACGACCUGUCGACGAGUCGGCUGUGUUCGUUUGGGGGGUUGAAUUUGCAGCUGCGCCGCACCGCCGCGCAUGCAGAUAUCGUGCGCCAGUGCGUUCCGUUCAUGGAGGAGGAGCAGGAAAGACGUACCAUUGGUAGCAACACUUCUACUUAUUUACCGCCAGACGAGGAUGCAACAGAGUUGAGGACGGCAGGGGGCAGUGGCUCGACCCCCUCCCGAGACCCUUUGCCCCCAAAGUCCCCCCCUCGAAUACUACCAGCAAAUUUUGCUUGGUCGCAUUCUUGUGCGGACUCGACGUUGUCCUUGCCUCGGCUGCCAGAGGCUGUACCCCCAAAGUUGGAGACUGCAUACGUGGCACUACCUGGUGGCACCACGAGAACGACGUUGACAUUGCCGUUGGCAUGGAAAGACCAAAAACGAGUUCACACAGCUGGGGCUGUGGAUGGGCAUCCGCAACUCAAGCGUUCCAAUAUCGAAGCCGCAGCAGGCGGGAUGGUCGAUCGACGAAUACAUGGCGUAUCACUACAGAAACAACCACGAGCUAAACACUCCAAUCGAAGGAACCGUUCGAAUGUAGCCACAAACAAGUGGAGGACAACUGACGCGGGAGAUCCAGGCAAGAGUCGUCGCACUUCCCGCUUGACCAAUUCAUUGCCGCCAACCCAGUUUGUCGCCCCUCAGCCGUCGAGGAUAACGGUCACACCGCGAAAGGCGGCCCCCCUUCACCCGCCCCCCCAGCCAACCGCCAAGCCCCCAUCGACCCCCCAGCCAGUGGCAGCAGUGGAAGCAGCGCUGUCCAAGCACAUUAAACGCCUACCGGGGUCGUCUGUAGCAAAAGACCCUUUGGAAGCUACUAUGGCCGCGUACAUAGGCAUGUUGUAUGUGUCGCCGUCAUCUAGGAGGCCCCCAUAG